UUGAAAUAAUGUGUUACAUUGCUCUUUGAUAUCUAAAUAUAAGGUAUGUGGCUUUUUAAGUGAAAAAAUUAUCCAGAGACGGUUUUACAUGUCUAUUUACAACCCUAGGAUUUGCCCUCAGAAUGAAAUGGUCAGUUAUUACCUUAUUUGGAAGGUUCAUGAAUAAUUAUGAGCUGCGCUCUGAUUGGCUGUUCCCAAACGACGGUCACGUCACCAGCUCUCACAGUAAAUAGAUCUGUCACCGGUGUGAAUGAUGGAAAAUAUAGGCGUUCAACCUUAUAUGUUUGAACCUGUCUCAGAUGAUGAUGAAGAUGAAGAUUUUGUACCACAACCAAUUGUUAGGAGAUUGGAUAUGAACGUUUCUGAAUGGUGUACUUGUGGAAAUUGUGCACGCAUGACUCUCGAGACAGAACUUGUAUGUUGCAGGGAAAUACCACAGGUCACAAGAAGAAUGAGCCAAGUUCCGGAAGAGAUAUCGUGCAUGACAGACCAUCCCGGCCUUGAACCUGUGUGCUUAAACUUAUAUUCUUUGCAAAAUGCAAUGAAUGUUUAUCGAGCUGACCAUGGGCGUUUAAGACUCAGAGGGAUGGAAAGGCAGUGCAGAUAUUUGGCCUACAGGUGGUUUGUUAGCUGGUGCUGGGGUUUCCUUGGACGUAGUGUACGUGUUGUCAUUCCCUCAUGUGUGGUGCUGCGCAUACGAAGGGAGUUCCCUAAUGCUGCAGGGCAAUAUGUCGGAUUCAGACCCCCCCUUGACUGA